UGGCGCCCUCCUCAACUUAAAGAGAAGACACAUAGUUGCUAAUCUCGAGACUCGAGUACAGGAGACUCAGGGAACGACGGAACUUUGUGUCGUCACUACCUCGGGUACGGGGCGUCGUGUGCAAAUAUCGCGUUCUCCUUCCGCGCGAGCGUGUGCAAAAUUCCGAUCGAGAGAAAAAGAGAAAAAAGUUAAAAUAAAACAAUAUCCAGGAUCCAGGCCUAAGAUUUACAAUUAAAAGUAAAAUAUGCAACGUCGCGCAUGGUGUAAGUAACAAUUUAUUUUUCUCUUUGUCUCUCUCGCAUCGGAAUUGCCACGCGCAGUGGGAAGGGAGUGCGUAGGCCAUAGUGGAAAAAGCGUUGAUCAUCGGAGUCGACUACCGAAGAAGAAGCAAGAGUCGAGCAGCGAAAGAAAUCGAAAAACGAAUGUUCCUAUCUGCCGCUGAACCCGUUGAGACGCCAAGUCAUCCCGCAAGCACCAAAGUCUGGUCGACGUACGCCGUCGAGCAGCCUUCAUCCGGACACAUCGCGUUCUGACUGAUUUUUGCGACACAGUCACCGAAAACCUCCAUCAUUCCGUCAAUAACCGAGUGCGGGCCCGCAGGGUGGCGAUCAUUCGAUAAGGGUUCCGUUUGCGAUAGGCUGGUUGACCAGUCUGUUGGGUGCUUGAGUAACAGCGGCAACUGGAAGUUGGCCCUGAACGCAGAGCCCCCGUGGCUUUGCUAGCACCCCUAACACAGAUUUUGCAUUACCCGCCUUCUCACGACUUUCAUCAUUUUAAUUGACAGCUGCCUCUUUGCUGCCUAGCUACCACAGAGUUCUAUAGAUUAUUAUUUACUCCUAAACCGAAUAAAAAUGAAGGUUACAAAUCUGGACGAACGCAUUCAUGUGCUGAGCAAUACUUCUACAUUGAUGACCGUAAUUAAGGACAUCGCUAAUAGUGGUUUGCAAGAAGAGGCGUUUUACGUACUUGACGUCGGAGACAUCGUACAUAAACAUCAGAUUUGGAAAGAGAAAUUACCUCGUGUCGAACCCUUUUAUGCUGUUAAAUGCAAUGACAGUCUGACUGUAUUAGAAGUACUUGCUUCACUUGGCAUUGGUUUUGACUGUGCAUCAAAAAAUGAAAUUAAUAAGGUUUUGGAAAUUGGCGUCGACUCUUCAAGAAUCAUUUUUGCUAAUCCUGCUAAACCAGCUUCACAUAUCCGCCAUGCCGCUGCUGUUGGAGUAGAUACGAUGACGGUAGAUAACGAGAGUGAAUUACAUAAGAUCAAAAAAUUGUUCCCUUCGGCUAAGAUUGUACUUCGGAUUCGUUGCGAUUCAGAAGUGGCUCAAUGCCAGCUUGGUAUGAAAUUCGGCUGCGACCCGACCUACGAAGCUCCGAGUUUACUGCGUUUAUCGAGGCUUCUGGAUCUUGAUGUAAUUGGAAUUAGUUUUCAUGUUGGAUCCGGUUGCCAAGAUCCACCAGUUUUUAAUCGUGCCAUUUGUCAUGCUAAAAAUCUCUUUAAUUUGGCUUCUGACAUUGGAUUUAAGCCUUAUUUACUCGAUCUUGGUGGUGGUUAUCCAGGUGAUAAGGGUACCAGUAUUGAUAAAAUUGCUGAUGUCAUCAAUCAUGCACUAGAUGAACAUUUUCCAUCUGAUAAUCUGCAUAUUAUUGCUGAGCCAGGAAGAUUUUACGUUGCUUCAGCUUUUACCCUUGCCACGGCAAUACAUAGCAAACGUUCUAUUCGAACUGAUGGAAAUUCACCAGGUGCAGUGACUCAUAACAUGUAUUAUAUUAAUGAUGGUGUAUAUGGGUCCUUCAAUUGUUUAUUAUAUGAUCACCAACACGUGACGCCAAUGCCGUUGCGUAAUGGCCACGGUAAAAUGAUUCCAUCGAGCAUUUGGGGUCCAACUUGUGAUGGGCUCGAUCAAGUUGUAGAAAACGUAUUAAUGCAUGAAAUGGAACUCGGUGAUUGGAUUAUUUUUGAGAAUAUGGGAGCUUACACUUUACCUGUUGCUUCUCCAUUCAAUGGUUUCCCAAUUCCAAAAGUUCAUGUUGUAGCUGAUGAAAGCAUUUGGCUUUUAUUGAAAGAUGCUCUACCACUGACUGAAGAUCAUUUUGUAAUUGGAGAUACUCCUGCUAACUUGCGCCUUGGUUUGGAUAUUGGUGGUACUGAUGUUAAUGUUUGGAAUAAUUCUGUCAUGGAAUUAGGUUCCUCUGAACUUAGUUCAGAAGAAGAAAUUUUGAUUGAUUCAGCUACACCACCACCUUUUAUCUAUGAUUAUGUAGAGGUUGAUCCGCUGAACUGAAAAUGAUGCACAAGAUGCAAAUUAAAGUCUCAUUAUUAUGCAGGGAAUACUUGGCCUUAUGGUGUACUUAAUAAUAACAUUAGUGCAUUUUAAAUAAUAUUCAAGUUAAUGAAUAUAACAUUCCUUGUUUAUAGUGAAUAAUAACAAAUAAAUGUAUUAUAUGUAAUUUUCUGUAAAACAGCCAAGUGUUUCAUUGUAAAUAAGGGACUUUAUUAAUGUUACAAGAACAAGUACAACACAGCUUUGACUAUGCGCCUGCAAAAGUUAUAAAAUUUUUGAAUGUUUACUUUUUGGAGAACAUACUAUAAACAUUACAGUAUAUUGAUACAUUUUUAAAAGUAGUAUAAAUAUAUACAACAGUACUAAAUAAAACAGUAUACUUAUAUUGAAUUAAAGGAAAUUUAUAAUUUGUGAUCUAGACGGUUGUUAACGCCAAUUUUAUCUGGUUACAUAUAAGCCUAAAAUAUUAUUUUCUUAAGUCUUAAAAAGUAUUUUGAUCGUCUAACAUCUCUGAUUGUAAUAUCAAGUUUCUAUAUCAACAUAUUUAAAAGAAAGCAAGGAAUAGUUUUGUAAGGCAGAGAUAAUUUGUUUGGUAGUACUUAAUAAAACAAGCUCAUUUUUAAGGUACGAUCUUCUAUAUUAAAAAGCAUGCCUAUAGUUGAAGAGUAAUCGUUGCUCUUCUUCACAUGCAUGUAUAUGUAUUUAAAUAGGUGUUGAAAUCAUGAAAAUUUUUAAAUUAGAAGC